AUGAGCAGUACUAAUCUGCUUAAUAGCGACGCAGGUGCCCUGUUGCUAGCAGCUACCUCACCAGACGCGGAGCUUCUCGCUGUCAACCUGAACUACCCCUCCUCGUUCUCAGCUGUUGCUGCGUCUGCAAUCCUAGCGCACUACGGCCUUGAGAGCCUUCCGAUUGGAAUACCUCGUCCGCUGAACAACAACACCUUCUUCGACUCCUGGUAUUAUGAGCUUGGCGAGUACGCAAGCAAGGUCGCUCGCCACUGGUCUGCUGGAAGCCUUCCCUGGGGUCGUGCCGAUGAGGCGUGGGAUCCUGUCUCACUGUAUCGAAAAAUUCUGUCCGAGGCUGACGACGGCAGCAUCACCAUCGCCUCUAUUGGCUUCCUCGAUAAUCUUUCUGGCCUGCUGAACACAACGAGCGACUCCUAUUCGUAUCUCAGCGGACCCGAACUCAUCAGGCAGAAGGUCUCGGAGCUCGUGGUAAUGGGCGGGGCUUACCCCUCAGGCCACAGCUGGAAUUUCUACGGCUCCAACGCUUCCCUCACGCGCCAUGCCAUCAACUCGUGGGAGGGGAAGAUCAUCUUCAUCGGGGACGACGUCAGCAAAUAUAUCCUUACUGGUGGGCCUCUCAUGGACAAAGGCCCCGCGAAUGACCCUGUCAGGAUGGCUUAUAUUUAUUACUCGUACUUUAACCCGCGGUCGUCCUGGGAUCCCCUCGCGGUCUUGUAUGCCAUCCAUGGUCUUACUGACAUGUUCGAAUAUGGCAAUAAGAAUGGGUACAACUAUAUCGAACCCAAUGGAACCAACCGAUGGGUUUGGGAUAAGUCGAGGGAUCGUCAGCACUUCUUGAGGCUCAAGUCCUCUAACGAGACGGCUGCUGCGAAAGUAGACAAGCUUUUUCUUCAGGGCGCAUCGUCAGCUGCCCACCGUCCUCCUACCAAACCCUUAUCACCGCAUCGCAAACUUUGUAACUGUUUCGUUCCUAGUCUAUUUGAAAAUGCCGUUAUGCUAGCGUAUGACUGGGUCAAGUGGGCUGGAGAAGCACCGACUACAAUAUUAUGA